UCGCUGGCCCAGUUCAACAGUGCUACAACUCAAAAAUUGCCAUUUUUGUGAUUUUUACAUCAUUCUCCUCAGCUUAACAUCCUCUUUCCAGAGCUAUACUCAACUAAGUCGAAAAAUACUCCUAUCAGAUGUUAAAGUACAUAAUGUUGUCUUGAAUUCUUCAAUUUUUCCAAUAAUACCAGUGCUACAUUACACCAACUAGAAAUAAUUCAGUGUGAAUUCUGUAAUAUAGUAUAAAUUGUAAUAUUAUCAAAUGCUAUACUACACUAACUCAUAAUAGUGUAGUUUCACCUCUGAACUACUCAGCUGUUAUUACGAAUUCCCCAAGCAAUACAGCACUAACUCAAAAUAGUUCUCUGUUGACUUGGAAAUCAGGUAGGCAGUGGUAAAACAUUCCGAGUCGGCGUCGUUUCUAAAAGUUUUAGGUUAAUGUUACUCCAGGUAUGGUGCAAGAAUAAUUAUGUUCUGUGGUCGUGCAUUGUAAUUCAUAAUAAUGUCUAGUAAAAGUUCCAGUAAUAAUAUUAUUUGUAGGGAAUCACGUGCAGCAUUUAUUGUAAGUUUAUCUCAAACCGCUGAAGCAAUAAGACAAAGCAACGAAUUUGUGGAUGUAACCUAUUUAAAUGAACAUUCUAUCAAUGUUAGAGAUGCCUUGCGGCAUGAAAAUGAACAGGUUAUUAUCUCUGACUGUGAAAACCUCAAUUCUGUCAUUGCUACUAAUGAUCAUACUCCUGAAAUUAAUGACAGGAUGGAUUAUGAAUCAGAAGGCCAUAACAAUGAGCAAGAUAUUUCUGAGUGUGAUGAGACUUAUUCUGAAGCUGAUGACUCUGAUAAGGAUGCCAACUAUUAUCCUCCUGAGAAUAAUGACUCUGAUAAUGAAUCUAAUCAGUCUCUGAUGGAAAUGGAUGCAGAACAAGUGGAAGCUAUCAGCAAUGAGAGUAAGUAUUUUUUCGCCACACUUGCAUGUAAUGAGCUGUUUUACAUAUUAUGUCAUAUCGAGGCCGAAAGUGGUUCUUUACUGCCCUAGGGCCAUUCUAUAUCUUUUUAUCUGUGUUUACCACCUUUUUAUCUCCUAUUUACCAUGAUCAAACCGAUUCAAAAUACCUUUUGAGCAAGUUGGUCACUGUACUUCGUUUAAACUGGGUUAAUGCCAUCUAGCGUGAGAACGACGAACUGCCCUAUUUGAACUGAAAUUAUUGUUGAUGAUUGAGCGAGAGUUUUAAGAGAUUUUGACGUUUUCUCAUACAAAUAAGGAUAAUCGUACAAAAACUAUCAUUGGCUUGAACGUUUCUGGAGUAUGAAAACCGUCGAUUCUGAUAGUUACAUCACACAAUUUAGUAUUAUUGAAUUGAUAAAUGCCAUAAAUUUGUGAUGCAAAUUUUCAAUGUUUAGCAGUUAGAAGUACUGUAAGUACAUGAUUUGUGUGUACUCAUUAUUUUUGGAACUUAAGUAGAAUGUUACUUUGUUUUUUCAGGUGAAGUGCAAGCUGCUGAAGUGCUCCAAGAAAAUCCAGCUAUAGAGAUGCUUCAAGAGAAUCCAGCUGGGCAGUUGCUUCAAGAGAAUUCAGCAGCAGAGGUGCUUCAAGAGAAUCCAGCUGUAGACAUGCUUCAAGAGAAUCAAGCUGUAGAGGUGCUUCAAGAGAAUCCAGAACUUGAAGAUUCUGAAGUAAUUCAAAGAAAAUCGAGGAAGAGAGUCAGAAGACCAGAAACAUGGAAGAAAAAUAUGAUGAAAAUGAAGAAAAGAUCAGGAAAAGAAUAUGAAAACUCAAGGGGUAAUUUUGUGGAGAAAAAAUCUUUGAAAAAUGGAUGUAGUGAUAAAUGUAGGAUUGGAUGCACAAAUAAGAUAAAUAAUGAUGAAAGGCAGAUGAUUUUGGACAGGUUUUGGGACAUAGGUGACCAGACACAACAAAGAAACUUUGUCAUCAAUCACUUAGAAGUCAUUGAACCCAAGUAUAGGUAUCAAAGAGAAGGUAGUAAUAGAGGUAAAAAUUAUGCUUAUUAUUUUGAUUUGAAUUCUUCAAGAACACGUGUUUGUAAAACAUUCUUCUUGAAUACCUUGAGCAUCAGCAAUACAUUUGUGAAUACAGCACUGAGUAAAAAGGAUGAGAUGGGUAUAGUUCAAGGGGAUUUGAGAGGGAAACAUGUCAACCAUAAAAAAGUGGAUGAUAGUAUAAAAAAAGGAAUCCGAGAGCAUAUAGACUCUUUUUGUCGAAUAGAGUCUCAUUAUUGCAGGGCUGAUUCCAAAAGGGAAUACAUUGAUGGAGGCCUUACAAUAGCAUCGAUGUACAGAAUGUACAAAGAGAAAAAAAUGAGUGAGGGUGAGUUGUAUGGUAAACCUUACCUUUAUGAAACAAUAUUUAACACAGAGUUUAAUAUCUCCUUUCAUAAACCAAAAAAAGACCUUUGUGUAUUAUGUGAAAAAAUAAAAGAUUUAAAUGAGGAGGAAAAACAGAAAAUUAAAGUUCAAUAUGAACAACACCUAAAAGAAAAAGAGUUGUCCAGGAGUGAAAAAAAAGAGAUAUAGAGGAGAAAAACAUUCAGUCUGUUCUAACAUUUGAUUUACAAGCUGUGCUACCUGUUCCAUGUGGAGAGAACUCUAUGCUGUAUUACAGAAGAAAAUUGUCUUGCUACAACUUUACUAUUUACAAUAUUAUUGAUAAGAAGGGCUACUCGUACUUCUGGAAUGAAGAAUUGGGAAGACGAGGAGCAAAUGAAAUUGGAAGUUGUGUCUACAACUUUCUGAAGGAAGAAAGUGGCAGUCUUCAACAAGAUAUUGUGUUUUACUCUGAUAAUUGUGUAGGGCAAAACAAGAAUAAAUUUCUGUUUUCUUUGUACACACAUUGUGUAAGGAAUUUGAAAUAUAAUUCAAUCACUCACAAAUACUUGGUUGCUGGUCAUACCCAGAAUGAGGGAGACCAUAUGCACUCAUUGAUUGAAAGAGAGAGAAAGCUGAUGCUGACUAGAGGACCGAUUGUCCAUCCAUCACAAUGGACUACAAUUAUUCAGUUGUCCAAGAAG